CUUCAGCGGUGUCAAUCAGCACUAACAGGCUCCACCUUUGACAGACCAAGAUGGCACUUCCUGUUUCCAUUAUAGGAGGUCGCUGUGGAGGCACUCCUUUUGAUUUCACUGGGUACAGCAAUGGUGCUUUACUAGAGAAAAUUGGUGUUUGGUGUGGAAGCUGGCAGAUUAAGGCUAUGAAAGUGUGGCUAACUAAUGGGAAAAGUCAACAAUUUGGAAUUUCAGGGCAAUACCCCUAUAUUAAGUUUAAAUUUGAGCCUGGAGAGUAUUUUUCUUGCCUCUCACUUUGGGAUAAUGGAGCUGGGUUACGUCUUGGGGCCAUAAAGUUCAGAACUACUAAAGGUAGAGAGUUCUUUGCCAAAAUGACUGACCGUGGCUUAAAGAAAGAGUAUCCAAUUGAUGUUGGCUCUGGAGUUUGCUUGGGAGUUAAGGGAAGAUUAGGUGCAGGUAUUCAUUCUGUAGGCUUUAUGUUCAUCAACUCCAUCAAACACACUGAGAUGAAAAAUGUUGAGUACCCAACUCUGUUUCAGGUGAUUCCUACUGUGAAUGUAGAGGAUAUUAAAUCAAUGAGUUAUAAGAACAGCUCUACAGUUGAGCAACAAUAUACAAUGGAAACCUCCAAGACAGUCUCCAAAAAGUCAUCGUGGUCUGUCUCCACCAGCCUGGAGUCCUCCUUCUGUAUGUCAGUCCAAGCUGGUAUUCCUGAAGUGGCAGAGGUGGAGCAAGAAUUUACUUUCAAUCUCAGGCCCUCCUCUACAUAUGCAGUGGAAACCACCGAAGGAAGAACUGAGACCAUGUCCUAUGUUAUCAAGGUUCCUCCAGAGAAGACCAUGGAUAUCCAAGUCACCAUUGGCAGAGCAAAUAUUGAUCUUCCGUACAAGGCUACUGUGGUCAUUACUUGUACGGAUGACAGCACUUACCAGUACGAGAAAACUGGCAUCUAUAAAGGGGUCACCUACACUGAUACAAAAGCUGUCAUUAAGGAAUCUGACAAACAACUUUAGCAGAAUGCAUUUUUUGUAAUAGUAAGAUGAUUGUUUUAUUUACAUGUGUACCUUUAAUGUUCAUUCAUAGUACUUUUCAAAUUGCGUUUGCAGGAAAUACUCUAAACUGCUCAGUGAAAAACGAUUUAUUUCUUUUAAUAUGCAGUCUUGUCGAGCUAAACAGAAGUGCACUGCAUGCUGAGGAAGUGGAGCUCAAAGUGGGCUUCUAGAGUAUUUUUCUCAGUUAACUUUGAAUCCCAGGAAACUGACCUUGAGCUUCAGUGAAAAUGAUUUCUGUAACAUUUUCUGUGUUGUGAGAAAGAGCAAAAAUGUCAAUAUGCCCAGCUAACAGAGAAUAAAAACCAGUAAGCCAGAUGACUGUGCUCAAGAACAAAUGAAAACUGAUGCUGUUUUUUGUUAAAGACGAUACAUUUCAAUUGAGACCCCAAAAGGCCUUUGUUUUAGAAACCAAUUUUUUUUUUUCAAAGAGCUCUCUUGCUUCAAAAGGGGUAUGUCUUUCUCACAUAAUCUGCAAGUGCAGAAGCCAUCUGGGAAUACCCAUAAGUUUUUUUGUUGUUGGGACUGCAUGAAGAAUAAUAUACCCAGGUUGUAUGAUUCUAUGUAUUGCUUUAUAUUUGCUACUACUAGCUUUGAUGCAAACAAAUAUAUAAUUUUCAAGUCAAAAUUUAAAGCAAGUGUGUCUGUCUGAAUGUUACUAGCAUUGUUGAGAUGUUUAAAUUGUUCUUUCUUUCUCUAACUAUGGUCCCUUAAGGGCACAAGAGGUCGCUCUUGUGAAGCCCUCUGUUGGUGGUAAACUGGGAUGAAGUAAAGGACUGAAAGUAAAGACAGCCCCAGUCAGCAAACAGCCUGCUUUAGGGGUUGAUAGACUUAAAUAUGCGGGUUACAGCAUGGACAUUGAAACAGGUAAGAGGUUACAGGUAUAUAGCUGGUUUUGGCACUCAUUUAUAUUCUCCUUUGAGAAAAGAACCUAAGCAGUUAGUUGGUACCUUCCAUGUUAAGCGAUCUGAUGACACCAUAAAACAUAAAUACUGUCCAGGUUUAAAGUAAAUGGGCUGAAGUCAUGCAAAAGUACAUCAUCCACAGAUAAUUUUCAUUAAUUUCCAAUGUGAUUUUUUUCCAGUUACAACAUAUUGUUUCUUAUGGUGUCUUUAAGAUUGAAGGCUAAACGGAAGCAUUUUGUGUAAAGAUUUAUUUUUAUUAAAAUUCUAAAAUGCAGUAGCAGAACUUCUAA